GCGUCUCGCUGUGAAGAUACCUAUCGAUGACCGCAAAUUUCAUGGUAGCGAACAUUCGUUUCGUUGGAAUGGCCAUCGUCGCUUGUUGGUAAAUUGCGCAUGGCGCCAACGCAUUUCCUACUGCAAGUUCGCGACAUACUGGAGAUCGUGAUCUGUUCACGGUUCGGUUGUGCAUGCAUUUCUGGCCUUUCAACGGAUCUAUGGGCAUCACCGGACUGUUGCAUUCGAAUGAUGAGCGAAACAAAACGAAACAAAACAUACAGCACGAGGGAUUCCCACGUGGUCACCCACCGUAGUACUAAUCUCGCGGUCAGCCAUUUAAAUAUGGGAGAGCGGACGGGAUCCCUUGCUUUUAGCUGCCUAUGACCGUAUGUGGCAAACUUCAACACUUUACUGAAUAUAUUCGUUUGUCUCAAUUGUAGGCAAGAUUGAAUUUCUCCUUCCUAGACGUUGAAGCUCAAUGAUUUC